AUGAUAAAGUCAGAAAAUCAUCUAAUCUCAAGCUACCGAGCUGCAGCUAGGGACCGGAUAGAUAUUGCUAAUCAACUCUCUAUCUGGGGCGAGUCUACAGAUGAUGAAUCUAUCAGUGAUAUAUCUGAUAAAAUCGGUGUUCUAUUAUCAGAAAUUGGCGAACAGGAAGAUCACUAUGCAAAUAAGUUAGAAAGUAGCCGAGGUAUCCUGAAGAUGGUUCGAGACACAGAGAAGAGUGUGCAACCAAGUAGAGAUUUUAAGUCGAAGAUUUCGGAUGAAAUUGCAAAACUUAAGGCAAAAGAACCAGAAAGUACGAGAUUAGUUACAUUAGAGCAAGAAUUGGUCCGUGCAGAAGCGGAAAAUUUAGUUGCUGAGGCACAAUUAACCAACAUAACCAGGAAGAAAAUGAAAGAAGCAUACUCUACCGAGCUGGCUGCAACUAUCGAACGGGCCGAGAAACAUAUUAUUUUAGCUCGGCAUGGCUGUCGUCUGCUGAGCUUACUUGAUGACUCCCCAAUUACCCCUGGGGAUCAGCGGCAAACAUUUGAGUACACUAGCCAGGCUCGCCAAGUGCUUAAUGAUGCUGAAGACGAUUUAAAGGAUUGGCAAUUAGACACACAGAUAUUUAAUUCUGAUCCUUCUUUCGAUGCCCAGCACAUGCCAAAUCACUUAAAUCAAAGUCACCAGAUCAACAACUGUACUAUUGAGAGCGAUGGUAGAGAGUUAAGCAGGGCGAGAACUUCCAGUGAUACAUCUACAAAUAUUUCCAACAAUGUUGGCAUGGAGGCUGAAGCGAUUGAAACUUCAAUAGUAUAG